AUGGCCGGAACACGGAAUUAUGAUUUCCUGAUCAAACUGUUGUUGAUCGGAGAUUCCGGGGUGGGAAAAUCAUGCUGUCUAUUGCGCUUCAGUGAAGACUCCUUCACUCCGUCCUUCAUCACUACUAUCGGCAUUGAUUUCAAGAUCCGAACGAUCGAGCUGGACGGAAAGAGGGUGAAGUUGCAGAUUUGGGACACAGCCGGCCAGGAACGCUUCCGCACUAUCACGACAGCGUACUACCGAGGCGCCAUGGGUAUCCUUCUGGUCUACGAUGUAACAGAUGAACGUUCGUUCCAGAACAUUCGGACCUGGUUCUCAAACGUGGAGCAGCAUGCCAGCGAGGGCGUACACAAGAUUCUGAUCGGCAACAAGUGUGAUUGGGAAGAGAAGAGAGCGGUCUCCACCGAACAAGGUCAACAACUGGCGGACGAGCUUGGCAUUCCCUUCCUCGAGGUCUCCGCCAAGAACAACAUCAACAUUGAGAAGGCGUUCUACAGUCUUGCAUCGGAUAUUAAGAAAGGCAUGGAUACUUCCAAGACUGAACAAGCGGGUAAUGGGGGUGUCAGUAUAGACCAGCAGGGCUCGGGUCUGAAUGGCAACUCUGGCGGGAAGUGCUGUUAA